UAGACAUUCGGUCAUAGGAGCGGUGGAGGGGGGCGCUCGAGCCACGUCGGUGAAACAAAUCAACGCUUGAAGGCAGAUUUCAAACCGGCUCUCAUUUCUCCCAGGUCCCUUCUGCUCAUCCUGGAGCAGGAGAUCCAGGGAGAUGUCCACGCCAGACCCCCCCAUGGGAGGCACCCCUCGACCAGGCCCGUCCCCUGGUCCCGGUCCUUCCCCUGGUGCAAUGCUGGGUCCCAGCCCUGGUCCCUCCCCAGGCUCCUCUCACAGUAUGAUGGGCCCCAGCCCUGGUCCUCCCUCCUCUGGACACCCCCAGCCAGGGCCCUCUGGUUAUGGAGCGGAUAACAUGCAUCCCCUGCACAAACCCAUGGAGGGCUUGCACGAGAAGAGUUUGAGUGAGGAGAGCCGCUUCAGUCAGAUGAAGGGACUGUCUAUGAGGCAGGGCGGGCACAGCGGCAUGGGACCCCCGCCCAGCCCUCUGGACCAACACUCGCAAGGCUAUCAUUCUCCGUUAGGUGGCUCUGACCACUCCAGCCCCGUCCCUUCAAAUGGCCCCCCCUCCGGCCCACUGAUGCCUUCAUCGUCUUCCUCCUCCUCCUCUGGUGGUCCUGGCUCCGCCUCAGCACCUUUAGAUGGCCCCAGUGGAGAUCAGCACACACUGGGCCCCAAUAAUCGUCCCGGCCCUCCUGUCACUUCUGGGCCAGGCCCCAGUCCCGGACCCAGUCUUGGCUCCGGUGUCCCAACCCUUGGUCCUGGCCUUGAAACUAGCGGGCCCACUGUUCCUGGAGGUCCCGGCGGCCCGACUCCCUUCAACCAGAACCAGCUUCACCAGCUCAGAGCCCAGAUCAUGGCCUAUAAGAUGCUGGCCCGAGGACAGCCGCUGCCAGACCACCUUCAGAUGGCUGUCCAGGGAAAGAGGCCCAUGCCGGGGAUGCAGCAGCAGCAGCCCAUGCCCACCCUGGCUCCAGGAGCUGGAGGAGGGCCAGGAGGUGGUCCAGCAGGACCGGGGCCGGGGCCAAUGGGAUCAGGCUACAGCCGAGCUCAUGGAAUGAUGGGUCCAAAUAUGCCGCCUCCAGGUCCAUCAGGGACCCCAGCUGGGAUGCAGGGACAAAACCCCAAUGGACCUCCCAAGUCCUGGCCUGAAGGCCCUUUGGUGAACGCAGCAGCUCCAUCCAACGCGCCGCAGAAGCUGAUCCCCCCUCAGCCCACCGGGCGGCCCUCUCCUGCGCCCCCCUCAGUCCCCCCGGCCGCCUCUCCGGUGAUGCCGCCGCAGACCCAGUCUCCCGGUCAGCCGGCUCAGCCCACUCCCAUGAUGCCUUACCACGCCAAGCAGAAUCGCAUUACACCCAUUCAGAAGCCGUGCGGCCUCGACCCGGUGGAGAUACUGCAGGAGAGGGAGUACAGGCUGCAGGCUCGUAUAACCCAUCGCAUUGCUGAGCUUGAGAACUUGCCAGGUUCUCUCGCAGGCGAUCUACGUACCAAAGCUACCAUCGAGCUCAAAGCGCUCAGACUACUGAACUUCCAGAGACAGCUGCGUCAGGAGGUGGUGGUGUGUAUGCGGCGCGACACGGCUUUAGAGACCGCCCUCGACGCCAAGGCCUACAAGCGAAGCAAGCGCCAGUCUCUGCGAGAGGCUCGCAUCACGGAGAAACUGGAGAAACAGCAGAAGAUCGAGCAGGAGCGCAAACGCAGACAGAAACAUCAGGAGUAUCUUAACAGCAUCCUCCAGCAUGCCAAAGACUUCAAGGAGUACCACCGUUCAAUCACCGGCAAAAUUCAGAAACUGACCAAAGCUGUGGCCACGUAUCAUGCCAACACUGAGCGAGAGCAGAAGAAGGAGAAUGAGCGCAUAGAGAAAGAGAGGAUGAGGAGGCUCAUGGCAGAGGAUGAGGAGGGCUACCGUAAACUGAUCGACCAGAAGAAGGACAAGCGUCUGGCCUACCUGCUGCAGCAGACGGAUGAAUAUGUCGCUAACCUCACCGAGCUCGUCAGAGCCCACAAAGCUGCUCAGGCCCUCAAGGAGAAGAAGAAGAAAAAAAAGAAAAAGAAGAAGAUGGAGAACGCUGAGGGUCAGACUCCUGCCAUGGGGCCUGAUGGAGAGCCUUUGGAUGAGACAAGUCAGAUGAGCGACCUUCCGGUGAAGGUCAUCCAUGUGGACAGUGGGAACAUCCUGACUGGGGUGGACGCUCCCAAAGCUGGACAGCUGGAGACCUGGCUGGAGAUGAAUCCUGGAUAUGAGGUGGCUCCUCGAUCUGACAGUGAAGACAGCGAGGAGGAGGAAGAGGAGGAGGAGGAGGAGGAGGAACCGCAGCCUUCUUCCACUCCUGUAGAGGAGAAGAAGAAGAUCACAGACCCUGACAGCGAAGACGUGUCGGAGGUGGAUGUCCGACACAUCAUCGAGAACGCGAAGCAGGACGUGGACGAUGAGUACAGCGGCGCGGCGUUCGCCCGAGGACUCCAGUCGUAUUACUCGGUGGCCCACGCCGUCACGGAGAAGGUGGAGAAACAGUCCAGCUUGUUGAUAAAUGGACAACUCAAGCAGUAUCAGAUUAAAGGCUUAGAGUGGCUGGUUUCUCUGUACAACAACAAUCUGAACGGGAUCCUGGCUGACGAGAUGGGCCUGGGAAAAACCAUCCAGACUAUCGCCCUGAUCACAUACCUCAUGGAGCACAAACGUCUCAACGGACCCUACCUCAUCAUUGUUCCCCUCUCAACUCUCUCUAACUGGGUGUAUGAAUUUGACAAGUGGGCACCGACCGUCGUGAAAGUGUCCUACAAGGGUUCUCCAGCUGCUAGAAGAGCUUUUGUUCCACAACUGCGAAGUGGAAAAUUCAAUGUGCUGCUCACCACUUACGAGUACAUCAUCAAGGACAAACAAGUGCUAGCGAAGAUCCGCUGGAAGUACAUGAUUGUGGACGAAGGCCACCGUAUGAAGAACCAUCACUGUAAACUCACCCAGGUCCUCAACACACACUACCUUGCUCCGCGACGAGUCCUGCUGACGGGGACGCCGCUGCAGAACAAACUCCCCGAGCUGUGGGCACUGCUCAAUUUCCUGCUGCCCACCAUCUUCAAGAGCUGCAGCACCUUCGAGCAGUGGUUCAACGCCCCGUUCGCCAUGACCGGAGAGAAGGUGGACCUCAACGAGGAGGAGACCAUCUUGAUCAUUCGGCGUCUCCAUAAAGUGCUACGCCCUUUCCUGCUGCGGCGACUAAAGAAAGAAGUGGAGGCGCAGCUUCCAGAGAAGGUUGAAUAUGUGAUCAAGUGCGACAUGUCGUCCCUUCAGAGGGUCCUGUACAGACACAUGCAGGCCAAGGGUGUCCUGCUCACUGACGGCUCAGAAAAAGACAAGAAGGGCAAAGGAGGAACCAAGACACUGAUGAACACCAUCAUGCAGCUGAGAAAGAUCUGUAACCAUCCGUAUAUGUUUCAACAAAUAGAGGAAUCUUUCUCAGAACAUUUAGGAUUCUCCGGGGGGAUCGUUCAGGGCCCCGACCUGUAUCGGGCGUCAGGAAAGUUUGAGGUGUUGGAUCGAAUCUUGCCAAAGCUGAGAGCUACAAACCACAAAGUGCUGCUCUUCUGCCAGAUGACCUCCCUCAUGACCAUCAUGGAGGAUUACUUUGCCUACAGAUCCUUUAAGUAUCUGCGUCUCGAUGGCACUACGAAAGCUGAAGACAGAGGAAUGUUACUGAAGACCUUCAAUGAUCCGGAGUCUGAGUACUUCAUCUUCCUGCUGAGCACCAGAGCUGGAGGCCUGGGCCUCAACCUGCAGUCUGCCGACACCGUGGUCAUUUUUGACUCUGACUGGAACCCACAUCAGGACCUGCAAGCUCAGGACCGAGCGCAUCGCAUCGGUCAGCAGAACGAGGUGCGCGUGCUGCGCCUCUGUACGGUCAACAGUGUCGAAGAGAAAAUAUUGGCAGCAGCUAAAUACAAACUGAAUGUGGAUCAAAAAGUCAUCCAGGCUGGCAUGUUCGACCAGAAGUCCUCCAGCCACGAGCGCAGGGCCUUCCUGCAGGCCAUCCUGGAGCACGAGGAGCAAGACGAGGUCUGGGGUCAAGAAGUCUGUCUACGCAUGAACGAGGAGGACGAGGUGCCGGACGACGAGACGGUCAACCAGAUGAUCGCCAGGAGCGAAGAGGAGUUUGACCAGUUUAUGCGCAUGGACCUGGACCGGCGCCGCGAGGAGGCCCGCAACCCCCGCAGGAAGCCCCGUCUGAUGGAGGAGGACGAGCUGCCCACCUGGAUCAUGAAGGACGACGCCGAGGUGGAGCGGCUGACCUGCGAGGAGGAGGAGGAGAAGAUGUUCGGGCGGGGUUCUCGGCAGCGGAAGGAGGUGGACUACAGCGACUCGCUGACAGAGAAGCAGUGGCUCAAGGCGAUCGAGGAAGGUACCCUGGAGGAGGUGGAGGAGGAGGUCCGUCACAAAAAGACGACCCGCAAGAGGAAGAGGGACCGCGACCUGGACCUCCCCGGCCCCUCGUCCUCCUCGGGGAGCCGCGGGCGAGGGGACAAGGACGACGACGGGAAAAGACAGAGGAAGAGAGGAAGACCUCCCGCCGAGAAACUCUCUCCAAACCCUCCUGCCCUCACCAAGAAGAUGAAGAAAAUAGUGGAUGCUGUCAUCAAAUACAAAGACAGUGCCAGCGGGCGUCAGCUGAGCGAGGUCUUCAUCCAGCUGCCGUCCCGGAAGGAGCUGCCAGAGUACUACGAACUCAUCCGCAAGCCGGUGGAUUUCAGGAAAAUUAAAGAGAGAAUUAGAAGCCAUCGCUACCGCAGCCUGGGCGAUCUGGAGAGAGACGUCAUGCUGCUUUUCCAAAACGCUCAGACCUUCAACCUGGAGGGAUCGCUGAUAUAUGAAGACUCCAUCGUGCUUCAGUCGGUGUUCACCAGCUUGAGGCAGAAGAUCGAGAAGGAAGAAGAAAGUGAUGGAGAGGAGAGCGAGGAAGAGGAGGAGGAACAGGAGGAAGGAUCAGAGUCUGAAUCUCGCUCGGUGAAAGUGAAAAUCCGCCUGGGCAGAAAAGAUAAAGGUGGCGAUCGGGGAAAAGGGCGCAGCAGACGAACGGGACGCACCAGAGCCAAACCUGUGGUCAGUGACGAUGACUCAGAGGAUGAGCAGGAAGAGGAACGUUCCCCCAGUGCCACUGACGAGGAGGUCUGAGCUGACGCAGGGUUUAAAAGAGGGAUGAAGGCAGAGCUGCACAUAAUUUAUUAAUUAGAUCACAUAAUAUAGACUUAAUUCAUGUUAUUUAGGAUUUAUUUUUCCUUUUUGUUCUGCUGAGACUUAAGUUGAAAAACUGUCACAGGGGGAUCAAACGAGCUUUUAAUCUUUUUGUGCUGUUUCUCAUCAAUGUUACCAGUACUGCGGUCAGUGAGUACAGGUAGACAAAAGAAAAUACUUGAAUGAACUCAACAGUCUCACCUGUUUACAUGUUCAAGUAGAGCGGCUCAGAAAAUAAGUAGUCGUUCAGGCUCCUGACAGGAAAUGACAAGUUGGUAGGUAAAUUAAACGGCAAAAAAAUCGCUUGCAGCGUAAAAUGUACUAAUGGGAUGUAUUUAAGUGUUCCUUAAAUAAGAAUAAUGCAAAUUCCCUGAAGUGAUUAAAAUUUCAAAAUGACUAUUGUCAUAGUUAAAGUCUGUAUGGAUUUUUAUUAAAACCAGUUUUGAAGCAUUUAGGGAAUAUUUAGGGAAUUGUUCAUAACAUCAUAUUUAGUAGUUCCAUCUAAAUGAAUUGACCCUUGUAAGUCUUUUGUAAAGUGUAGUUUUGCCUGUCAUGACAAAUUCUCCAUGAAGACUCCUCAUUUUCUUGAUAUAUUUAUUGUCUGUUUAUGCACCAGCAUCCUCGAACAGCAAAAGCUCUAGCUGAACUCAUGACAUCAAUACAAACACAUUAUAUGGUGUUACAAAACCAUGUCUCAGUGACUUCUAAAAGCUAAUCAUAACUAAUACUGAGUGAAAGAGGAGUUGAUAUAACUGUAUUACAUUAUUUAUAAAGAUGUUUUUACCUGUGAAACCUGUUAUGAAGUCUUUCUAGUUAUUUGAACAUAAAUAAAAACAAACCAGUCGAAUUGGAAAUAGUAUGAAUCAGUAAUGUGGAGUGAAGAAAUCCUGAAUGUAAACAGAAAAUGUUUUCACCCUCUGCGGAGCUGAACCUCACCUCGCCUCACCUCGCCUUGGAUCUGGACAUAAACAGCCCUGACAUUUCACCUCUGUCUCACUCGGGGUCGAGUUCCGCCUCCGUGGAGCCACUGUGAUUGCUGAGGUGUGUGUUGUUGCUCCCUUCCUAUUUGAGUUGGAGACGCAGCCUCCUGCCGGCGCUUCCACACUCCUCACACGCUGUUGAGCAACUGGCCACAGUUAUUUGACUGAGGUUGAACCGAGCCGAGGCCGGGCCGCUCUCUAGUAUUGUAUAUAUGGAACAGCAUCAACACAACCUGGAUCGCCAUGCUGCUGCUCUCCUCUUACACUUCCA